AUGUUGUUUUACUGGUUUGUAGUAAUAUUUUUCAUAUUUAGUCGGUUAGUGUUUAGUUCUAUUACAAUGUCGACAUUGAAAGAACUUGCAGAAUAUGGACAGAGUCUGAACUUGACUGGUGCGGACUUGCAGCAGUUUAUACAGCAACAACAGGCACAUCAGCGUGAGCUACGAGCAGCUGAACGGGAGAAAGAGAAGCAGGAUAGGGAGUAUCAUCUCAGUAAAGAAGCACUUGAAAUUGAGAAACUCAAACUACAGGAAAAGAAAGGUAUGGAAGAGAUUGAGAGUAAAUUCAUGCAAACUAUUCAAACAUUAGAGCAAAAGUUAGCUGUAAAGGAGUCAGAAACGAAAUUAGAAAAUUCUAGUAAUGCAAAGUUUCCAAAAAUGCCUGUAUUUGAUGAAGUUAAGGAUGAUAUUGAUUCUUAUUUGAGACGUUUUGAAAGGUAUGCUGCAGCACAGAAAUGGAAGUUUGACAGUUGGGCUGUUAACUUGAGCGCACUACUCAGAGGUCGUACACUGGAUGUGUAUGCACUGUUGCCGCAGGAGAAAGCGUUGGACUAUGAUGCUUUGAAGACGGCGUUACUAAAAAGGUUUGAAAAGACGGAGGAUGGAUUUCGUCAAAAGUUCCGUAAGAGCAGACCUGAGGUAGGGGAAUCUUUUUCACAGUUUGUUGUUCGUCUCGGUAGUUAUCUCGAUAGGUGGAUUGAACUUGGUCGAGUUAACAAGACUUUUGAUGGCCUCUACGAUAUGAUACUCAGAGAUCAAUUUCUGUUUAUGUGUAACAAAGAAUUGACAUUGUUUUUGAAAGAACGCAUACCGAAAAACAUCAGAGAAAUGUGUGAUUUAGCAGAUCAGUUUAGAGAGGCAAGGCAUGUUAACAUUCAGACAUUAGUUCAUUUUAGCAAGAAAGAGAACUCUCCAGGAAAAAGUCAGGCAUCGGGAGAACAGGAACAGCGAGAUCAGAAGCCAGGAUUGAAGUUUCAACCCAUGAAAACUCCAAUGAAGAAAGAAGUUCGUUGCUUCAAGUGUGACAGACUGGGCCACAUAGCGUCUCAGUGCCACCAGACUCGGAAGAACCGGAACUCAGUGAAUGUUGUCGUCGAUCGUACAGAAAAGGAAUCUACGGCAAAGAACUCAGAAUUACAAGUUCGUAGGGAUUUGAUAGAUAAUGUUCAGCUUACAGGAAAUCACCGAAUUUGUGUUCUGGCGGACGGAUCUAGAAUUCAAGCACCUGUUGCGCGAGUGAAAAUAGACACUCCUUACUUUGUGGGUGAAAUAGACGCUUGGUGUUUAGAGAAUCCGUUGUAUUCCUUGAUCAUCGGGAACAUCCCCAACUCAAGAGAUCCAAAGGAUCCGGAUAGAAACUGGAAACCUUAUCAAGCACAUGCAGUAGUGACAAGGCAACAAGCUCAAAAGGAAGGUAAGAAGACUAAAUCUCUUCAUGUUCCAGAAAUUAUCGACGCUGAUAUAUGUCCUGACGACAUCAAGGCAGCACAGGAGAAAGACGAGACGUUAACCAAGAUACGCUCUUUGGUAGGACAAGACGACGACUCCAAGGUAUCUUACAUUCGUAAGAAAGGUAUCAUUUAUCGUGUCUUCCAGUCAGAUAAACAUCAGAAUGGUAAACGUUUUACACAGCUAGUUGUACCAAAGAAAUAUAGAACUAAAGUUCUUUCGCUUGCUCAUGAGUCUAUUAUGACAGGUCACCUAGGUAUUUCCAGGACAGCCAGCAAAGUCCUUGCAGAAUUUUAUUGGCCGGGAGUUCAAGCGGAUGUACGUCGAUUCUGCAGAUCAUGCGACAUCUGUCAACGGACCACUCCGAAAGGCAGGACUACAAAGGUUCCACUCGGAGAUAUGCCUAUCAUUGAGGUACCGUUCAGACGUGUAGCUGUCGACUUGGUAGGACCUAUCCAGCCAGCAACCAGUAAGGGUAACCGUUACAUUUUGACUAUUGUUGACUUUGCUACCCGUUAUCCAGAGGCAAUUGCUUUAAAAGGAAUUGACACUGAACGAGUCGCUGAGGCUCUGGUAGAUGUAUUUUGUAGAGUAGGAGUACCAAAGGAAAUGCUCACGGAUAUGGGGUCACAAUUUACAUCCGAGCUGAUGACAGAGGUUAGUCGUUUACUUUCUAUACGACAGUUAACAACGGCACCGUACCAUCCCAUGUGCAAUGGACUGGUCGAGCGGUUCAACGGUACAUUGAAGCAGAUACUCCGACGGUUAUGUGCGGAACGUCCUACUGAUUGGGAUAAGUAUCUAUCAGCCUCAUUGUUUGCUUACCGUGAUGCACCACAGGAGAGUCUAGGAUUCUCACCGUUUGAAUUGGUUUACGGACACGAAGUUAGAGGACCUAUGAAGAUUUUGAGAGAGUUGUGGACUAAAGAAGUAGCAGAUUCAGAGGUUAGAACUACAUACCAGUAUGUUGUUGAUUUGAAGGAACGACUAGAAGCUACGUGCAGAUUAGCGAGAGAGAAUCUACAGAAGUCGUCAGAGAAAUACCGGAAGUAUUACAACAAGGGAGCGCGGAACAGACAAAUGUCAAAAGGUGAGAAAGUUCUUAUUCUUUUACCAACUGCAAGUAACAAAUUACAAAUGCAAUGGAAAGGUCCAUAUGAAAUUAUAGAGAGACUAGGAAAAGUUGAUUACAGAAUUAACGUGAAUGGAAAAAUCAAAACAUUUCAUGCAAAUAUGUUGAAGUUGUACAUUGACAGAGAAAACGAGAGUAAUGAUGAGACAGGUGUUCUAGGUGUUGUAGGCGCCGCAGUACUCGAUCUAGAUGAUGAUGGAGGAAGCGACGAUGAGCUGUUGUGUGAUUCUCCAGGAGAAACGAAAAAGGAGGGACCGGCAGAUGUGAAAGUAAGUGAUGAACUAUCUGAGAAUGAAAAAGCAGAAGUCAAGACAUUACUAGAGGAUUUUUCAGAUGUUUUAUCAGAUGUACCUGGUUUGACGAAUCUCGGAGUUCAUCAUAUCAAGUUGACUAGUGACCAGCCUAAUCGCACUAAGCCUUAUCCUCUGCCGUUUACUUCAAAAGACGUUGUUUGUGACGAGGUAAGGAAGAUGGUGGAAGCCGAUGUGAUCGAGCCUUCGACGAGUCCAUACAGUUCCCCGAUAGUCAUCGUGAAAAAGAAGGACGGUUCGAACAGAAACCAUUCCAAAUGCUGA